GACGGCUAGCUAACUGGUUGAAUGCUGAACAUUUGUCCUUGUUUGGCGCAAUUCUCGACCUUCUUGUGUAAUGACUCCAUCUAUCGACUCUAAUGUUCAAAGUCUUCCAUCGUUUGAUCAACCUAUAGACCGAACCAAUAGUCCAGGGGUUUCUAGUCUAUGGCAGGAGGUUGUCUCUCGUCUUGAGGCUUCAGUUGAAAAAGAUAUUUGUUCAGAUGACCCCUUACUGGUGCUAAAAUCUAUUCGGAUUCUUCGUCAGUUUGUUGUGGCUAGUGUAAUGAAUAAACUGGUUGUUGGCAAUAGCUCCAUUCUUCGUCCACGCCUGCUUGAUUCACUUGGUCGUUUGAAACAAUGGUCUGUGACACACAUUAAUAUAUGCAUUGAUUUAUUUGGCUUAGUCAACAGUCUAGUUCGAGAUUGUUCUUCAUUAUCAGAAGAUAUUCUCAAUCAUACGGAAUUGUUGAUUGAUUUCAUGAAUUUAAUCUUGAAUGAGAAAACAGAUCCUAUGGUACGUGAAGCAGAUCUCCUAUUUCUUCGUAGUCUUUUUCGAGCUGAAGAUUUGGGCGCAGUGUUAGUACAAUCUCUUCGAGAAAAAAUUGCCAUUCGAUGGUUUACAGUGAAAACGUUAGAAGUACUAAUCAAUUCAUUGCUAAUUAAUCCUCCUGAUAUAGUCACUGAUGUCAACAACACCACCAACAAUAGCAACAGUAGCUCGGUUUUGACAUCUCACACUUCAGAGAUAACUAAUCCACUUGUAUUAACAUCAAAUGCAAGAUGUUCAUUGAUUCAAAUUUUAUCUUUAUUGUCUACAAGUGCUGAAUUAGCUGAACGCUUGCAUUGUUGUAAUGCUAUGAAAUUAUGUCAUCAAACAAUUAUGUUCAUUUCGUGUAGACAUCGUCUCUGUACAAACAGUGAUCAGUUAAGAUCUUGUUCUAUGGAUCGUGGAAAGGCAUUGUGUAAUCGGAUUGGCUGUAAUCGUACAACUAAUCCGAGUAAUCAGUUGGCUGCUAGAUUUUCAUUGAAGUUGAUGUUACAUCUGUUCUUUCACCUUCCAACUGCACUGGAUUCUUUUAAAAAGAUUUAUAAUGAAGAAGAACCGAUAAAACUAGUUGCUUGUUAUAGUCAUCUAACUGGAACUAUGCCUCCAGUUCUACCGAAUGUUUGUUAUUCAACACCACGUAAUCAACGGACUAAACGAAUUUUGAGUAACACCACUAGCACUAUGCCAACUGUAUCUACUAAUACUGCUAACACUGUGAUGAAUAAUAAUUCUUCUGCUGGAUUGUCAAGUGAAUUUCAUCUUAGUGAUACAGCUCAACAAUUUCAUCGAAACUCCUUGGAUUCACUUUCAUCUCCUGACCGACAAUUAGGAUCUACAUGUCCUGUUGAUAGUCGUGUUACUGUUUCAACAUGUUCUUGUGCACCGUUAGAUCAUGGAACAUUUGCAUUAACUGGUUUACUUAGGGGUUUAAUUUACUGGCGUUUAGCUAAUCAACAUGCUAAUGCACAAACUGUUGAAGCUGUAGAUCAGUUUGGAACACAUGUAAUCACUUCUACAGGAUUAGGAAUUACUGGAGAUGAUAUCGCUUUACUGAUCAUUCAGCCGCUUACUGAAAGUUGUCUUCAUUUAGAAGCAACACGUAUUAUGACAUGGGCUUGUCAUGUUCUAGUUCUUGUGCUAGAUAAGAGUCCAGAAUUGCAUAUGUGGACUGUAUAUACAAAUUCGUUUGUACGUGAAGUUGACUAUCGUGUUACAUCUUUGCUGAAAGCUGUUCAAGAAGCAUCAGAUUCUAUCCUCUUCACUUCUCAAAAGACAACUAGUGAACAGCAAACUUCUCUGCAAAGUCAUAUACAAUUUCUGGAGCAUUUAAUUCCACUGGUUAAACUGUUCUCUUGCCUGGCAUCUGGUCAUGAAUCCACUCGAGUACUUAUCGGUGAAUUGACAAUGUGCACAAAGUUGAUUGACUUUGCAAUACGUUUAAAAUCACUAGGUGCUGAACAUGAGAAUCUUGUUCUGAAAUUUCAGCAUUCUGUGGUUGUCUUAUUGCAUGUCUUAUCUCGAUCGUUCAGCUUACAUCAUACAUUUUUCCGAAAUCAAACUAUUGGACAGUAUAUAUUGAAACUAAUCAAUGACAACUUGCCUAAUAUUACUGAAGGAUCUUAUUUAAGUGCAAAACUGGUUGAAGCUGCUUCAUCAACCUUAGUAAAUCAAGUACUUCCAAUGUGUCCUUUAAAAGAACCUUUAGCUACUGAAUUUACCAACGUAUUUAUUCGUUUACUGACUAUUGGAAAUAUACCAAGUCAACAUCGUGAUGACACUUUACCAUCGUCAUCAUCAUCAACAUCUUCACUGCCUAGAGUUGUAUCGAUCAAUGAAUCAACCAGCACAUCUCUUACAUGUUUUAAUACUAGUACGUCUAGCAAAAAUAUUAAGAAUAACGCUAGUUAUGCCAAUUCAACGCAUCCUACCGUAGCAACAAAAUUUAAGUCAGCUGAAUCAACCAAUUCUCUGCAAGACAUUGUAUCCAUGUUACAUUUGAAUGGUGUUUGGGGAUUGAGUAAUCUAUUGCAUACAGCUAAUUCAACUGUUUGUAUGAAUCUUUUCUGUCAGCUAGUUGACAAAGGUAUAUGGUUAGAAUUGUUACAAUUGGCUUCAUCAAUACCGAAUUUAGAAUUCAAUUAUUCUUGUUAUACAAAAGAUGAAUGGGAAACUAAUACUAAGAUGAAUAAUACUUUUGAAAUGAAUUCGUUGAAUAAAGUUCAAGUAUCAGGAAUUACGGUUUCACGUGAAAACAAUGAAAUUAAAUAUAAUCAAAUAAGCAGGAUUAAUGAAGAAGGAGAGAAUAAUUAUAACGACAACGACAACGUUGGUGAUGAUGAUGACAAUCAUUCGAAACAAAAGUAUCGUACAAAUUUAAAUUUAUUCAAUCGUUCGAAAAUUCACCAUCGUACUACAACAACAACAACAACCCAUCAGUAUAAUCAGCAUCAACUGCCUUUGUCUAAUCCUCAUUCAAAAUUUAAACUUUCUAAAAAUGGUGCACAAAUUCAUAUAUUAAUUGUUUAUCAAACACUUAGCUUCUUACGUAAUCUCUUUCGGGAUGAACAUGUUAUUGAUACUGUGGUUAACGAACAUUGGUGGAAUAUCAUUCAGUUUAUAGUUGCUGUCUUGGAGUCGAAUUAUCCUCAACCUGUUAAAGAGCAAGCUGUACUCGUGGUGGCUCAUAUUGCUACUGGUCGAACUGCACGGUGUGAAGUUCAUCGGAAUGGAGAUUUAGUUGAAAAGCUUACAUUGUUCAUGCGUUCUCAAAACAGUUAUACAAAAGCUGCUGCGCUGACUGCAACUUAUAACCUUUUAGGCCUACAAACUGAAUGUCUGGAUUCUUGUGGAUUAUUAAGUGCUUUAAAAGUGAAACGUAAACCAUUCAUUUUAUCUCAUAGUCGACGUUUAAGAGUACAACACCAUCGUCAUGAAUCUCACCAUGGAAAAAAACAAGAUGUAGUCACUCAGUCAACAUCUUUAGGCUCUACCAGUAUUAGUCGUCGUGAAGCACCAACAUGUAUGGCUCAAAGUGCUUUAGAAGAAGCUGAAGAAGAAGAAAAUGAAGAACAAGAUACAGUGAUAGAGCACAGUGAUCUUACAGGUGAAAGUAUGUCUCAACAGACGUCUACAACUCCUCAGACUACUGAUGCAGUUAUAUCGUUCUCUAUCGAUGAUGAUAAUAAUAAUAAUAAUAAUACCGAUCAAACAAGAUUACGUACACUUCGAAGAAGACGAUAUUAUCGAUCAUGGCAACAACCGACUUCCACAUCUGCUUCAGAUAAUCGUGAGCUUUUAGAAAUAACUGAACAAGAAAGACAGUCAACUGAAGCAUCCACUGGUAUUACUCGAUCGCCUUCUCCACAUUCAAGGUCACCGUCAUCAUCAUCAUCAUCGUCAAGCACAUCAUCAACAUCUUCAUGUGCAGAAGGUGAAACUAGUGCAACAACUGAACUGACAAAUUUACAUCAUUCCGUUGCAGUCGAUAUGUGUGGUAUAUCAUCGCCUAGUUGUACUGAUGAAGAUAUAGAAGACAUGAAUCAACAUCCUGGUACUUUGAGUUCAUUAUCUCCCACAUUGACAAUAAGUGAUCGAGCUCCUAUAGCUGAUGAAGAACGUGAUGAAGAUCGUGUGACUACAACAGAAAUGCAAACAUCAGGUAUCAUAGACUCUGAUUUACUUAGUCCAAUGUCUUCACCUAGUCAAAAAUGUGAAUUAGGCUCGAAUCCAGAUGAUAAUAUUUCAAGCGCAGAAUGCUUUGAACUUAAUAUUCCAGAUAAUAAUAAUAUACAAAGUACUUCUGAUUAUAGUAAUAAUCAUGAUAAUGCUGCAUCUACUUCUACUACUCCAUCUCAGUCGACAUCAUCAUCAUCUUCACAUUCUCGACGAGAUUGGGAAGCAGGAUUUUGUCAAAUUUUAUUACCUUUCUUACAAGAAUUAGAUUCUGAUCAAGUAUUGAGAAGUACAUGGGAUUGGUUAAUGCUAUGCGCUAAUAAAGAUGGUAAACCAGUAUUUCUUAACUCUUUAUUUCAUGCUUGGCAACGAUUAUAUACAAAUAUUCCAAAUUUAACAUCAAUACAAACGUCGAAAGUAGACGUACCGCAAUCCUCUACUAAUAAUGAGGAUAAUAAUAAUAAUAAUACUAACAUUAGUACUACUAGCAGUAGUAGUAGUAGCAAUAGUAAUAAUAUUACUGUCAAUGAAUUUCUCAGUAAAAUUAAAGAAUCUAUCGAGACAGGUGCAUCACCUAAUUCUCUGCUGACUAAUUUACCAAGAUAUUGGGAGAAUCGACACCGUCAUCGAUGCCGACGUCAACAUCGACAUCAUUGUCAUCGUCGUCAUCGUGUGCGUAGACAAAAUCCAAGUCAGUCUACAGAUCAACCUGAAUCAAUUAGUACAACGGAUACAGCUAUCACGAAUACACCAUUACCACCUCCAUCAACAUCAAAUGAACAUCUUGAACAGAUUGAUUAAUCAAAAGUUUGCAUUCUAUUUACUUUUAUGUGUAGUUUCAACUAUGCAAUUCACAUUAAGAUGUGUGAAUCAGAAGUCAGAAUAGUCCUUUCUCUCCGCCCCAACCCCGGGGGGGGGGGGAAGGCUUAUUUAAUAAUUUCUGACUACCUCCAUUUAUCUGACUGCUUUGAUGCAUUCUUUCACCUAUGACCUCUUGGGUAAGUGAGUCAAUGAAUGAGUGAGUGAGUGAGUGCGUGUGUAUAUACAUGUGUAAAUGUUUGUUUUUUCUUUUGAGUUUGAAUACAGUGCCUAUUCAGUUAUUAUUAUUAUUAUUAUAGCAUACAUAACACAUUCUUAUUUGCAUAUGAUACACAUCCUUUCAGUUUUUGGUCUUUCGAUUGUUAUACUUAAACACUUUUUUCUAUGCAUAAUGAUGAUCUAAUAUUAUUGCCUUAAAUCUCUCCCUCCCUCCCUCCCUCUGUGUUAUGUCUCCAAAAUGGUUACAGUUCUUUUUUCUUUUAUCAUUCACAAUUCUCCUUAUCACAUGAUCGCUGUGUCAUUAUUCCUAUCACACAAGCACAAAAGUUCACCAGUUCUACGAAAAAAAAAACAACUUGAGUCUCAUUUACCCUUAACCCCCUUUUCUCUAGAUAUUCACAUCAUAGCAAAGAAAAAACAUUUCAAUACUACUCACAGUUAAUUAACUUUUCUACAGUUAUUUACAUAAAUAAAAGAAAAACAUAAACAAAUCAUCAAACCCCCAACGUAUCCGAGACGGCGAGUGUUGUCUUGUGUUAUUCUCUUAUUAUCCUGCUUCAUCACCUCCCCUCUCCUUCUUUUCCUCCCCUCACCUACUUACUCAAUCCUCAUUGUCAGAAGGCAGUAUUAGUAUUAGUAGUACCGCUGUGGUUUAUUCUGUGAGCAACAUUAUAACCCAUAUUACUUCUACAACAACAACAACAAUAAUAUACUACUACUAUUAUUAUUCUUAUUGUUAGUAGUAUGCUGACUUACUAUUUCCUAAUUUGUUUUUAUAAUGUGAACCACAUCAUCUCUCACUUUCCAUAAGAUAUGCAUAUACAGAAAAUAAAAGGUCAUCAUCAGUUCCACCUUCCGUUCCCCUCUCCUCCCUCCUUUUUUUACCCAGUACUGUUUGACUUCUUAUUCUUUACUUUAUAUGCUGUAUCAGCUUAAACAAAAGCUGCUAUUCCUUUUUUUUCUAAAUGUGUGUGUUGAUGCAUUCUUUCGAAACAAAAAGAAACAAUAAGCGCAUUACUCUUAAAUAAUAAUAAUAAUAAUCUUGUUGUGACAAAUAUGCUAAGUGUGGUUUUCUUCUUUAUUAAAUUCAUACUAAUAUGUUAUUGUGGUGUAAUUAAUAUUCCAUGUGUAUAGUUGAUUUAUGCUGAGAAGUAAUGUCAUGGAUAUGAGAUAGUUGUUUGUUUU